AUGGUUAUUCGAUCACUUGAAGUGAGUAAAGUUUUGUUUCGACCUCAAGAAGAGAAUGAGGAACGUCUUGGUCCUGAGAUACCUUAUCUUAGUGCAAUUGGUGCACUUAUGUAUCUUGCUAAUGCUACGAGACCUGGCAUAGCAUUUUCUGUUAAUUUAUUAGAAAGAUAUAGUUCUUCCCCUACACGAAGACAUUGGAAUGGAGUUAAAGAUAUAUUGCAAUAUCUAAAGGGGACUAGUGAUAUGUGCUAUUUGUUCACAUAUGGAGGUACUACUAUAACAUGGAGAUCUACGAAGCAAUCCAUUGUCGCUACUUCUUCAAAUCAUGCUGAGAUAAUAGCUAUUCAUGAAGCAAGUAGAGAAUGUGUAUGGUUGAGAUCAGUAACACAUUUCAUCAAAGAAAGAUAUGAUUUGAAGUGUGAUGUCAAGGUACCCACAAUGCUCUUUGAAGACAAUGCUACAUGCAUAGCUCAAUUAAGAGGAGGCUUCAUAAAAGGAGAUAAAACUAAGCACAUUUCACCAAAAUUAUUCUUCACAGAUGAUCUCCAGAAGAAUGGUGAUAUUGAUGUACAAUAA